AUGCCUUCCACUACCCUGCCUCACUACAUGCUCCCAACCAUCUCAUCACAGGCUUCAGCUAGGGCCGCCACCCAUGCUGUCGUCGCCCGUUCUACUAAGGUGCCCCGACAGGUCUCACGUCCCGCCAAACCCGUCUCUCGUCCUUCGCCCAGCCUCCCGUCUGCCGCCACCCAGACCACCUUCUCCGCACGCCAAAGGGUUGUCGCCACCCCCAAGCCUACCGUCGCCGCCGCCGUUCCUCGCCCUCCUGUCGUUCCCGCUAUCCCUGCUCCUCGUCGUCCCAUCGUUUCCGCCGCCCCUGCCCCUCGCCGUCCUGUCGUGUCCACCCUCACCGCUGCCGACCGCAUUCGUAUUAACAAGCUCAUCCCGGCCAUCGAGGAGGAUUUUGCACGUGUUCGUGAGGAAUACUGCGGAGAAAUCCGUCGUACUUGCGAGCACAAAGAGUCUGAUUGGGAUGAGGAUCUGCUGUGCGAGACUGAUGAUGAGAGUGAGGUUACUAUCUUUGAUAAAACUAACAUGGUGGUGCGUAGUUUCGACUCCGAUUCCGACUUCGACCUUUCGUUUUACUCGCCGAGCGAACCUGGACUUGCCCGCAUCCUCGACGACUUCAGUGACGACGCCUUCAACAACGACGUCACCGACGACGACGACCGUGUCUUCUUCAACGACGACACCGUCAUUCACCACCGCAUCGCUUCCUCCGCGUACCCUCACUUCGCCGACUUCGACGCAUCCGAGCUGGAGGAAGAAGACGUUUCGAUGGCUGCUCUCGAGGAGCUGUCGUUCGUCGAGGUUAGUCCCUUCGUUGAUACUAACCUUCCUGUCGUUCCCUCCCCUUCACACUCUAACCUUCCUGUCGUUCCCCUUUCACACUCGUUGGCUACUAACAUUGAGGAUGACCUCGUCUCUGCUCUCGGGCAGAUGAACUUGGUUGAUCCUGUCAUUGGUGAGGGCUCUGAUUUCCUUUUCUCCCCUGUCCAUUCCUCUUUCCUCUCUCGUCACCCCUCCUUCCUCGAAGACAGUUGA